AAAGACUGUUCAGAAUGUGACUGCGACUUGACAGAAAUUUUCCUCAAGAGGCGACGAAUUUUUAUUCAAGUAUGACCAUUCAAAACGAUCUCAGCGGUAUUACAGCAAGAGCGGCGUUCCUGUUAAUUUGUUGGUUCGCCGUAGCUUCCGCACAAACGCCUAAUAGCAACCAAUUAUGCGACUAUUUCCAGAAUCUAGAGUUAAACAAUACAUAUUAUAUUUACAAUACCCAGUAUCCAAAUAGAUAUCGGGGCCGUCAAUCGUGCACCUGGACCAUGAAGAGCGACUACCGAGUGAACCUGACCUGCACGGUCGAGAUGCCAUGGAGUUCCAAUUGCUCUCAAGACAUGCUGACCGUCCAAAUUAAUCCUUCGACCACUAAACGGUAUUGCGGUGACGGACCGUUUUCCGUACUCUCCGAUUCGAACACUAUGGUUGUCUCGUUGCAAACUCCGUUUUGGUCGACGGGUGGACGAUUCCUCUGCCAGGCGCAAGCAGUUGAAAAUCCCCGGGAGACUGAGAACUGCCGAUGCGGUUGGAGAAAUCCUAGUAGAAUCGUCGGCGGAACCGACGCGGGUGUAAACGAAUUUCCUAUGAUGGCUGGUAUCGUAGAUUCUCUUGAAGCUGAUAUCUUUUGCGGCGCGACUAUAAUAGCAAAGAAAUACGUGGUAACAGCUGGGCAUUGUUUAGAAAACAGAGACACUAGCACACUGGCUAUCGUAGUGGGCGAGCACGACGUGACCACGGGAGCGGACACGAAUGCCACGCAAUUAUUUAGGAUUCGUAGAGUUAUAUUCCACCCUAAUUACGUUACUGGUGGCCAACUAAACGACAUUGCCGUUGUGGAAAUACAAGGCGAAAUAAACUAUGGCGUCAAGGUUGGUCCAGUAUGCUUACCUUUCCAACACUCUCAGGAUAGUUUCGGUGGAGAUCACGUUAAUGUAUUGGGUUGGGGAUUAACCGAAUUCGGAGGACCGAAGGCUACCGUUUUACAAAAGGUUGUUCUAAGCGUAAUCACCAAUCUUAUGUGCUCCAGAUCUUACCCACAAAUAUCGACAGAACAAUUGUGCACUUACGCCCCAGGGAAGGAUUCGUGUCAGAUGGACAGCGGCGGACCAGUUCUCUGGCAAAAUCCUACUACCCAAAACUUAGUGCUGAUCGCGGCUAUCAGCAACGGUAGAGGUUGCGGAGAGGAUGCCGGUGUAAAUGAGAGAAUUGGAGCACACAUAGACUGGAUCGUCUCUGUGACUCCAGACGCCACGUAUUGCGCCGUCGAGUAAAUCGAUGCGGCUCAUCGUCUUGACUCGAUUCGACGUGAUAUAGAUAGCGAUUCGUAUCGUCGCACUAGCUUCGCUGACCGAGCGCAACGCAAUUCAGUUCAGCGAAUUCUCCGUGUUCCACGUGUUCAGCUGUAUUUUACAUAUCACAUCACUCAAGUAAUUAGUAUAAUGGCGUGGUACGGGACGAUUAGGAUAUGCCAAUCUAUUACGCCGAAUUUAGAGACAACACGAGCUCCGACUUCCAUUAGACGUAAAUGUAUGGGUCUGUAAAUAUACUUAUAUACGUAUUCGCAUA